GCGUCGGGUCGGCGGGUGGAUGAACGCGGCCCUCUGUAAUGGCGGAGCGUGGCGGGGACGGGGGGGACGGUGAGCGAUUCAACCCGGGGGAGCUGAGGUGUACACUAAUAGGAAGCUGGAAUGGGGAGCAGAACCUGGAACUGAACCUGGACCCAGGCACUCGGAUUUGGAAUGCGAUGUUCCAGCUGCCAGCUUCAUUGGUCCAGCAGAGGCCCACCCAGUAGAGUCAUAUUUACAUGGAUCCUUAGGGAUGGCUCAACAGCAGGCCUUGAGGUUCCGAGGCCCGGCUCCCCCACCAAAUGCAGUGAUGCGAGGCCCGCCACCUCUCAUGCGACCUCCUCCGCCUUUCGGUAUGAUGCGAGGCCCUCCUCCACCACCUCGGCCCCCCUUUGGGCGACCUCCUUUUGAUCCUAAUAUGCCGCCAAUGCCACCUCCAGGAGGGAUACCUCCUCCUAUGGGCCCUCCACAUCUCCAGAGACCACCUUUUAUGCCUCCACCCAUGGGAACCAUGCCACCUCCUCCCGGUAUGAUGUUUCCACCGGGAAUGCCUCCUGUGACUGCUCCUGGUACUCCAGCACUGCCUCCUACUGAGGAGAUUUGGGUUGAAAAUAAAACUCCAGAUGGGAAGGUUUAUUAUUACAAUGCUCGGACGCGUGAAUCUGCAUGGACCAAGCCAGAUGGAGUUAAGGUUAUUCAGCAAUCUGAAUUGACACCUAUGCUUGCAGCCCAGGCGCAGGUUCAGGCCCAGGCCCAGGCCCAGGCCCAGGCUCAGGCUCAGGCUCAGGCCCAGGCCCAGGCCCAGGCCCAGGCACAAGCGCAGGCCCAGGCGCAGGCACAAGCCCAGGCCCAGGCCCAGGCGCAGGCGCAGGCCCAGGCGCAGGCGCAGGCGCAAGCCCAAGCCCAGGCCCAGGCACAAGUGCAAGCACAAGCAGUAGGAGCUUCCACCCCUACGACCAGUAGCCCAGCACCUGCAGUAUCCACUUCAACAUCUUCAUCCACCCCAUCCUCUACCACUUCUACCACAACAACUGCCACUUCAGUUGCACAGACAGUAUCAACACCCACAACACAAGAUCAGACCCCAAGUUCUGCUGUUUCAGUUGCCACGCCUACAGUUAGUGUUUCAGCUCCUGCUCCUACAGCCACACCUGUGCAAACUGUUCCCCAGCCGCACCCACAGACGUUACCUCCUGCUGUUCCUCAUUCAGUACCUCAGCCAGCAGCAGCAAUACCUGCUUUUCCACCAGUAAUGGUACCUCCGUUUCGUGUACCCCUUCCUGGCAUGCCAAUUCCACUUCCAGGUGUAGCAAUGAUGCAAAUAGUCAGCUGCCCGUAUGUAAAGACAGUCGCUACCACCAAGACCGGUGUAUUGCCAGGAAUGGCCCCUCCUAUUGUACCCAUGAUACAUCCUCAAGUUGCUAUUGCAGCUUCACCUGCUACCUUAGCUGGAGCAACAGCGGUUUCUGAGUGGACUGAGUAUAAAACAGCAGAUGGGAAAACAUACUAUUAUAACAACAGAACAUUAGAGUCAACCUGGGAAAAACCUCAAGAACUAAAGGAAAAAGAAAAAUUGGAAGAGAAGAUUAAAGAGCCAAUUAAAGAACCCUCUGAAGAACCUCUGCCCAUGGAGACAGAGGAGGAGGAUCCUAAGGAAGAGCCUAUAAAAGAGAUAAAGGAGGUAAAAGGCCACAAUCUGUUAAACCUGGGAGCCAAGAAUAAUUCUUUGGAGCCCAAAGAAGAGGAGAUGACUGAAGAAGAAAAGGCUGCCCAGAAGGCAAAACCAGUAGCUACUACUCCUAUUCCUGGUACUCCAUGGUGUGUUGUUUGGACGGGUGAUGAGCGUGUCUUCUUUUAUAAUCCCACCACUCGUCUUUCUAUGUGGGACCGACCUGAUGAUCUGAUUGGAAGGGCAGAUGUUGACAAAAUUAUUCAGGAGCCUCCUCAUAAAAAAGGAAUGGAAGACAUGAAGAAAUUAAGACACCCGACCCCAACAAUGCUGUCCAUCCAAAAGUGGCAGUUCUCUAUGAAUGCAAUUAAGGAAGAGCAAGAAUUAAUGGAAGAAAUUAAUGAAGAUGAGCCUGUUAAAGCAAAAAAACGGAAGAGAAUGUCAAAGAAGUCCUUUAUGUGGAUUGCCCGAGCUUCUCUAUUUAGGAGAGAUGAUAAUAAAGACAUUGAUUCAGAGAAAGAAGCUGCCAUGGAAGCUGAAAUUAAAGCUGCCCGAGAAAGGGCCAUUGUCCCUCUGGAGGCCCGAAUGAAGCAGUUCAAGGACAUGCUGCUAGAGAGAGGGGUGUCUGCCUUUUCAACGUGGGAGAAGGAGUUGCAUAAGAUAGUUUUUGAUCCUCGGUAUUUACUUCUCAAUCCUAAAGAGAGAAAACAGGUGUUUGAUCAGUAUGUAAAGACCAGGGCAGAAGAAGAACGCAGAGAAAAGAAAAACAAAAUAAUGCAAGCCAAGGAAGAUUUCAAAAAAAUGAUGGAGGAAGCAAAGUUUAAUCCAAGAGCUACUUUUAGUGAAUUCGCAGCCAAACAUGCUAAAGAUUCAAGAUUCAAAGCAAUUGAAAAGAUGAAAGAUAGAGAAGCCUUGUUUAAUGAAUUUGUGGCAGCAGCAAGGAAGAAGGAGAAAGAAGAUUCGAAGACCAGAGGUGAGAAGAUUAAGUCGGAUUUCUUUGAGCUGUUGUCUAACCAUCACUUGGACAGUCAGUCUCGGUGGAGCAAAGUUAAAGAUAAAGUGGAAGGGGACCCGCGGUACAAAGCCGUGGACAGUUCAUCCAUGAGGGAGGACCUUUUCAAGCAGUACAUCGAGAAAAUAGCGAAGAAUUUAGACUCAGAAAAGGAGAAGGAGCUUGAAAGGCAGGCCCGCAUUGAGGCAAGCCUUCGAGAGCGGGAAAGGGAGGUUCAAAAAGCUCGGUCAGAACAAACCAAGGAAAUAGAUCGGGAGAGAGAGCAACACAAACGAGAAGAAGCUAUCCAGAAUUUCAAGGCUCUUCUGUCUGACAUGGUGCGUUCUUCAGAUGUGUCAUGGUCUGAUACUCGGAGGACCCUCCGAAAAGAUCACCGCUGGGAAUCUGGAUCCCUCUUGGAAAGAGAGGAAAAAGAGAAGCUUUUUAAUGAACACAUUGAAGCACUUACCAAAAAGAAGAGAGAGCACUUUAGGCAGCUUCUGGAUGAAACAUCUGCGAUUACCUUAACGUCUACAUGGAAAGAAGUAAAGAAAAUCAUUAAGGAAGAUCCUCGGUGCAUUAAGUUCUCCUCUAGUGACAGGAAAAAGCAGAGAGAGUUUGAAGAAUACAUCAGAGACAAAUACAUCACAGCCAAAGCUGACUUCAGGACGCUUUUGAAAGAGACCAAAUUUAUAACAUAUAGAUCCAAAAAGUUAAUCCAAGAAUCUGAUCAGCACCUGAAAGAUGUAGAAAAAAUUUUACAGAAUGACAAACGGUAUCUAGUACUGGACUGUGUUCCGGAAGAGAGGCGGAAACUCAUUGUGGCGUACGUGGAUGACCUAGAUCGCCGGGGUCCACCCCCGCCUCCCACAGCAUCAGAGCCCACAAGACGGUCAACAAAAUAAUUCUCAAUACUCUGUCCCAGGGUUAUCUAUUAAUUCAAAACGCUUGCAUGAGCCAGUUUUCAGGUUUUUACAUAUAUGUGCAUUAGUCAACCUAUUGCAAAACCAUCUGAUGAACAGGAGAAGCAUUUGUGAACAGUUUCUGAAUAGAACACUUUGGAAAUAUUUAUGCUUUUCUUUGUGUGGCAUGACUGACAUACAUACUCAAAUAUAGGCUGUCUCUAGUAAAUCUAAAAUCUCGAAGCUAAAAAUCAUCCUUUUACGAGGUGUGGAAGUCAGUGACUUGGUAAUGUUCUUUCUAGCAGUGUUACACAUGCAGGACAAAAGCAUUUGUGGUUUGAACUUGCAAGGUGCAAAUACCACAGACUCCAAGAAAACUUGAGUUGAAGUUUGUUUUGUUUUGAUUUUGUUUUUUAAAGCGGGUAAAAGAAAACACUGAAAAUUGAAUUCUUAUCUUCCAGAGGCUAAGAUUAUUAUAAUGGACAUACUUUUCCCUUUGUCUCUAAAGAACAAUUUAGUUUUAUGUGUUCACUUAAUGUGCUUUGAUUAUUCCUCUGAAUUAUAGGCCAAGUCUUGUUGUUUAGCCUAAGAGAAGAUUUAUUUAGUAAUUUCUUCUCAGGUAUGGAACCACGGUCAUAACUAACAUGUUGGCCAGAAUAGAACCGCUGGUUAAACAUAUUUUAUUCAUCAUUAAAUGAUCUUUAUCAAUAUUCUGGAUUAGACAACAAAUUACCUUUAUGGACGUUCCCUGUAAAAUAUACUCCUGUUCGAAUGUUAAACUUCUGUUUCUAAAGUUUAAUUUUAAGAUGUUUGAAUGUUCAGUUUAUGUAUUUGAACUACAAUAAAACAACCCUUUUUAUAUA